CCACUUUGUACUUGCAGCGGAUUUCCUCGUGCAACAUUUACAUUUCGUCCGUCGUUUUUCAGGCCGAUGCAAUUUUCUGCACUAAUCCUCUUCAUACGUCGUGCGUUUUCUUGGCAAUGUGUAGAUAUAUAUUCCGACAUUCCACCACCUCCUCCACCUCCAGAGUCAAGGAUAUUGUUGUCUCCCCGUAGUUGAUAGACAAGUCCCGACUUUUCCGAUUCUCCUUUUUACAGCGUUUGUGUCCUCUUAAGUAGUAGAUUUUAGAUUAAUGGUCAUCCCGUGGUUGCAUCCAGGUCAAAUAGCACGGCUGCCAAUUCUUGUUUAGUUCGGUCAACCGCAACCGCAACACAAUUGCUCAAACUCUUUACUUUUUUACGUGAAUAAGUGUAAGCGAAAUGAACAAGGCGAAGAACACUAGAGCAUGAGAAGGGCAUUUCCCCAGCACGGAAGCAGAAACGUGCCUUGCACAUCUGGAGCAAGGGGCGGUCUUUCUAUCCCGAUCUUCCUGGUAAUUAUCCUUGCCGCCAUGAAGAGAGCCGUACUUGCGCGACAUCCCCCAGGGUCCUUCAAUCGGGCUGGAAAACACCUUGCCGCCUUUGCGUUGGUUGCACAAGGACCGAUAUCGUACGCAAAAGCUGCAGCACUGUGAGGACUUUGUUCAAUAUUUUAUUGUUGCCAAAUGAGGAAGCGGAAAGCGAAAAGCGUUGUUCCACGGGGAACCAGUAAUUGCAUCGUGCAUGUAUUCUUACAUCCAACAGAUGAAGCCCAGCGACAAGAUAACAAGUCCCUGGGUAGCAUCUAGUGAAUGUUGUGCUUCCGUUGUGCGUACUUGUUCAUCGACUCAGUCCGCAGUGACGCAGUUUAUUUUCUUCCGCGAUACCGGAGGGAAGCUCGCGCCGCGAGGAGGAUCGCGGCGGACACGGCCGAGAAGAUCCAGAAACUGUUUCCCGGGGCGGAGAUCCUCGACUACUCAUCUGAGGACGCUGGGGAGUUUGAACAACCCCCGUGGAAGCUUGCCUAUCAAAAUGAAAAUCAUUGCCCCAUACAAUAUAGGCGUACGUCGUUGAAGUAAGUACUUGCAAAUAUGCAUGACGAUUUGUGGUGACACACAAGCAACUCGUACUCAGGGUACACUGUCUACUCGAACUUGUAUUUCGGAUUUUGCAUUGCAAUUAUGUAUUCACACCGACGUCGUCAUCUGUAAAGCACUCACUGGAGCACCCGUGCACACAGAAGUCUGCCAGGACGAGCGUUCGCUGAGAAUUCGUGUGAGGCAGCGUUUUCAUCAUGAUGGCGAAGACCUCAACACUGUAGGGAAUGUUCCAUAUCAAAGAAAUAAAAACUGCGUGUGCUAGUGUUGUGGCAGAAUAUAUAAAUACAGAACAACGAACCCGACCUCUAUAAAUAAAAUGGACACUAUCAAUAAUAUGUUGGAAUGAAACGUCUCAGGCCGCGGUCGCUGUUUAGACAUACGCGUCGAAGUUUGCCACUAUUAUUCCCAUGCGAUAGUCGUUCCCGUCCCGUCUGCCUGAAGAACUUGUAUUUAUUUUCUUUCCAUCUACUGCUACUGCAAGUGCAAGUGCAAUCGCAAAGUCCUCUAGCCUUGCAUCACACUAUCACACGUUUUCUCUUCCAUAGUGGAGCAUGGGAAGACACCGAAGUUCUGGAAAAAAACGCUGACGAUGCGGCAAGAUACGGUCUAGUACCUGGUACUUGUCAGGCGCCCGUCGCUAACAAGGAGAAGAAGCCCCCGAGUGUGCUCGCGGACAAAACCUGCCAGAGCGUCUGCGUGGAAGAGGAAGACGCUUACUCCUGCUUUUUUGACCCUGCAACGCGGUGGUGUGCGUGCAAGGAUUCAACAGGCAAGACCAAGCCGAAGUACGAAGUAGAGAGCGCAGAUGCGGCUGUGACAGAAAUCACGGAAGGACGGGCUGGCGAAAUUGACGCCUCAUCUCCAUCUUUAUUUGGCGCGGGUAGGUGCACGGGUAACAUCCUUCGUACCGUGAAGAAUGCGGACGGGGCCACCGAGAAUUGCCAGGACCUCUGCGAAAAGAAAGAGACAGUGGUUCGCUGUUUCUUCGAGCUCACGACCGACCAUGCCGGGUGCAAGUGCCGCGACAAAAAUCACGAGUACGUUCCGGACUACAAGACGCGCGAGGAAGCGGGAGCUGAGGCAGUUGUUGCGGAAACCGAAGAACUGGACGCUGGUGAAGCGGAACAAACCUUUUUCUACAGGGAUCUGCUUCAGUGUGUGGCGCCUGCCGGGAAGAAAGACCUUGAGAGCGAGGUGUUUCGCGCUGUAGUGGAUGGUAACAGACGGACCUGUGGGAACGUCUGUGAGCAAGACGGCAAGAACGACGCGUAUUCUUGUUUUUUCGACCCCGCCACACGGGACUGUGGGUGCGUGCAUUCGUUGAACAAAUUCAAGCCGCAUUACCUGGGCGCGGCGGAGAGCGUCCAGAGAGUGAGCGUCGAAGGCGCAGGAAGUGACGAUAAUAAAAACGUGGACUUCAACGGUCGCUGCAAGGGAAAGGCGACACGGACGCUUGGCGACGGUGGGAAGGGCUGCAGUGAUGUGUGUGCGCAACAGCAGACCAUGCUUGAUUGCUUUUUCCAGGCUGACGCAAAGAGCUGCAAGUGUCGUGACGUGAACCAUGAGUACCUGCCGAUUUAUGAAGCUGCCGAUGCUGGCUCGGGCGACCAAGAGAUCGUCGAGCCAACCACGGAACAGCUGACGCAGGCUGCCGCAGAACCGGACAAGAAUGGAGAUGGAGAGCCUGAAAGUAUUGCAUUGCAUCGCUGCAGCGCUCCCGGAGCAGAUGCCUCGAUGAGCAAGGUCGACCCGUCGAAGAGCUGUGCCACUGUCUGCACAGAAAAGAAAACCGCGUACUCCUGCUUCUUUGAUCCCGCCGCGCGGGAUUGUGGAUGCAUUGACAAACUGAAUGGGUACGUCGCUCAAUACGACCCUCCUACACAGGCCAGGCAGUACGUCAAAGUGGAAGACGUUGCACAAAUAUCGCUAGAAGCCGACCUCCUCGGCUGCACGGGAAGCGCCGUCCGCAAGGUGUCGACGUUGGCCGGCACCGAGCAAAAGUGCAGUGAGCUCUGUGUGAGCAAAACCAGUCUGAUGCAGUGCUUUUUCGAGGCCGAGGCGAAGGCGUGCCUCUGUGGAGACAAGACGCAUACGUAUGUUCCAGAGUACGCGACCGCACCCUCGGCUGCGCCGGAAGAUGAGACCGUACACGUGGACGGUCCGACGGAAGUGAAGUUUGAUCAAGCGUGGAGCGAAGCCUUCUUCCCGAAACAGUGCGCGGCGCCCUCGGACACAGACAGCAGGGUCUUCCCCCAAAAGAAGUGUGGGGAAAUUUGUGAAAACAGCAACCACGAUGCCUACUCCUGCUUUUUUGAUCCGGCAUCGCGGGACUGCGGUUGCGUGGACUCGCUGAGUCUGUACAUACCCUUGUACGAGUACAAACCGGACUCAGACCCUGAUGCUCUCACACAAGAGCUUGCGACCGCCGAAGCCGCUGCGAAUUUCGGCAACAACCACUGCACGGGGAAGGCGCUGCGAAAACCCGGGGAAGACAGUGAACAGAACUGUCUUCAGCUCUGUGAAACCAAAACAACGGCGACUGAGUGUUUUUUCGAGGCGUUUGCGAAGGCAUGCAGGUGCCGUGACAAGACUCACACUUUCAUACCCGACUACGCGGACGGACAGCCCCCACCCGACGCGGUCGAGAUUGUGGACGUAGCUCCAGUAGUGCCCACAAAACUGCCAUCGGCUACAGCGGGUAAUUACUUACUUGAUGUCGGCCGGUGCGCGGUCCCUGACGGCACCGACGGAAGCACGAAAAGCAGGGUGUACCCAAAAGAAACCUGUACUGAAAUUUGCAGCGCAAGUGGGGAUGCGUAUGCGUGCUUUUUUGAUCCUGCAGCGCGUGACUGCGGCUGCGUGGAUAAGGGGUCGUCGGAAUCGGAAUCGCUGUACAAGCCAGACUACGAGCACACGCCCGCUAGUGGUCCGGCAACUCCUGUAACCACUGAAGCAGCACGUGAAGGUACAGUCGCAACGGACUUCGGAGCAGACUGGUGUGUGGGAAAGCGACAACGCAGCCCGGAAGGCAGCGAGAAAAAAUGCGAUGAAAUUUGUGCAGAAAGGAACACUGCGUCGGAGUGCUUUUUCGGUACCAAUUCGGAGUUGUGCAAGUGCCGCGACGUUCAGCACAAGUACAUUCCGGAGUACGCCGCGGACCAGGAACCGUCCGAGGCCGAGGAGAUUGUGGACGUAGCUCCAGUAGUGCCCCAAAAACUGUCACCGGCUGAAGCGGGUAAUUACUUACUUGAUGUCGGCCGGUGCGCGGUGCCUGACGGCACCGACGGAAGCACGAAAAGCAGGGUAUACCCAAAGAAAACCUGCACUGAAAUUUGCAGCGCAAGUAAGGAUGCGUAUGCGUGCUUUUUCGAUCCUGCAGCGCGGGACUGCGGCUGCGUGGAUAAGGGGUCGCCGAAAUCGCUGUACGAGCCAGACUACGAGCACACGCAUGCUAGUGGUAGUGAGGCAACUCCUGUAACCACUGAAGCAGCAGGUGCAGGUACAGUCGCAACGGACUUCGGAGAAGACUGGUGUGUGGGAAAGCAACAGCGCAGGCCGGAAGGCGGCGAGAAAAGAUGCGAUGAAAUUUGUGCAGAAAGGAACACUGCGUCGGAGUGCUUUUUCGGUACCAAUUCGGAGUUGUGCAAGUGCCGCGACGUUCAGCACAAUUACAUUCCGAAGUACGCCGCGGACCAAGAACCGUCCGAGGCCGAGGAGAUUGUUCCCGAGCAGGGUGGUCCGACGCUGUUAUCGUCAACCGCUGCUGCGGGCUUAGCCAUGGAAUGCACGGGUGAUGCGGCUCGGCAAAGCAAGGUGUUGUCAAAAUUCAAUUGCGAGCAAGUCUGCACCAGUCGCGAGGAAGCGUACAGGUGCCUCUUCGACCCCGCGGGGCGUGACUGCGCAUGCACGGACAAGGACGGCAAGUUCACGCCAAACUACGCCUAUGUUAGCGGCAGUGCAACAGUACUCACUCGAGCAGACGCGGAAAAUCUGGACGCAGACCUCUUCAAAGAAAAGGGUCGCUGCACUGGCAAUGAAAAAAGGGUGAGUUCCCAUGAUGGGAAGACUACCUGCAGGGCUUUGUGCGAGCAGCAAACGACCGCGCUUGAGUGCUUCUUCGAAGACAAUACGCAGGCGUGCGACUGCCGGGACGUGAAGCAUGAAUACGUGCCCGACUAUCACGCCUCUGAAGCAGCUGCUGGGCACCAGGGCGAUCAAAAUGCAGAAGCGCAGGGUCAGACUAACCCUGCGCUGGCCGGAGACUUGUCCACCGUCGCCACUGGGGGUGAGGAAACAAUGCUUUUCGAGGAGGGCACAAUUCCCGGCGUGGGCGGGCUGAAGUAUGAACCGACGAGCACCGGGCGCGAUGCGGCCACCUUGGGGUUCGCGAACACCGUGAACGACCGGCUUCUGAAAGAAAUGCACGACAUGGACGCCAAACUCACCGCCGCGGCCAACGCCGCAGGCGCGGAGGCGAAACAGACGGCCGCCACCCUGCGUCCGGUGUUUCUCACGAAGCAGCUCAGGUUUUUGCAGCAGGCGGACCAGGUGACGAAGUUUUUCACGGACGAGGUGUUUACACUGAUGGUGAACCAGACCACGCUGACAGCAGACGUCGCCAUCGCGCUGGAGGUCUCGCAGUACGCCAACGCGACGUCCUCGGGCGGGGCGAAGAGCGCGGCCAGCAGCCUGGUGGUGCACGAAAAAGCCGUCGAGACCGCUGCGCGCGCGUUCGCGAUGCGCAUGCGGCAACACUUGAACGACCACACGUCGGAGACGUCGGACCUGCCCUGGGCCGCGGAGUGGGCGCCGGAGACGUCCGCAGGUGCGACGCACCGGCCCGGGAGCGUGGUCCCGCUCUACGCGGAAGUCUCCCAAGUGAAGCAGAUGGACGCGGCGCUGAUCGACACUUUCCUGCGCGAAACCGUCCUGAAGAGCGGCGUGGUGGAGAAUGCAAAGCCGGAGGAGGAGAAGGAACUGAACCACACCACGCAGAAGUUUUUCUACGACCUGCGUGGGGUGAUGCUGGACUCCGUCGCGCUCGGGGGCGACACGGUGCAGGACCGGCGCGCGGAGCUGUACGGCCACGCCGUACGGGACCUGUUUUUCGCCACGUUCGCCGGGCCGGUGGUACUGACGGAGGCGGCGGCCCAAGAGCUGGCCGACAAGCUCGCGGCCGCAGGGAAGCCGGCCUUCGACGGGCGCUGCGCGGGUUCUGAUGCGAGUGGCGACGGCUGUGAAAAGCUGUGCAGCGAAAAAGUUGACGCGCACAACUGCUUCUUCGCGGCCGAGGGGAAGAACUGCCAGUGCCACGACAAAAACUUUGAGUACUUCGCGGACUACAACACUGCCCUCGUCGCGAGCGCCCCACCGCGCGCGGAGGCGUUCGCUGCCGAAGCCGUGAUCGCAACCGACGCCCAGGAGUUUGCGCGGAAACAGCGUGUGGCGGUCAAGGCCGCCCGCGACUUGCGCACAACGGUCCUUCGCGGAGCCAGCAGCAACUUUGGCGUGUCCGCCUCUUGUUGCGGAGACGCCCUUUCCGCAGCCGAGCGAUUGAGCGGAGACGCGCCCGAGCAAGCGACAGCUGCAAAAGGUUUGUUUGGGUCCGCCUCUUCUUCCUUUGCACAAACUGUGCCGGCGGUGGAGCGCUGUCCGGACGUCAAGCAACUCGCUGUAAAGAUUCAGGGUGACAUCACCACCGAUCUGCUUGGGGACGCAAACGCUGACGUGCGGUACUUCAACCUGUACCUGGGCGCCGACAUGCUGGAAACGCAGCAGGGGCCGGAAGAGGACAGGCGUGUGCGGUUCGUUCUCCGUGAGGCCAUCGUGACGAGCCCGUCGCAACCGCAAGGCGGUACGUGUGCUGCAUUUGUCUCUAUUGAGGUUUUCCGGUCUCAUUUUUGUUUUGAAUUUGAUGAUUUUGUUUCUAGGUAGCAUCAUUCCGCACGAUCCACCGUGUCGUACCACAAGAAAAAUAACAACUGUAAACCAGGCAUUGUUCCUUCGGUUUCGCACAAAGUGCUGGUCGUAUCCGCCGUGGAUUUCUUUGCGUUGGCGAAGCCGUUGUUUCAAUUUUUGGAAUGGGAUUGCCCGGCCGAGUGCUUCGUGGUGGUGUUGGGCAGCCAGUUUGAGCUCGGCGGGCACGAGACUAUUGGGCAAGACACGCUCGCGCUCGACGAGCGGGCUUACCUUUCCUGGCUCAAGAAGCACGUGUACAUGUUCAGCGACCGCGUCCGCUUCGCGCUGCUCAGCGCAGACUACCGGUCUCACCUCCUGGAGUGGAUGGGCAGUCAGCGGCUCUCCUACAAUCUGCCGGAGGAAGUUCAGACCCGGGCCCUGCUGGUGUCGAACCAGUACAACGAGCACAUCGGAAGCGAACAACCCGCAGCACCGACACUAAGCCCCUACGACGUGCUUGCGCUGCUGGAGUCGCAGGUCGAGGCCCUCUGGCUGGGGCGGCAACUCCAGAAAAUCAGUGCUUACCAGGAGGAAGGAGCCGACACAUCGUUCGAAGUCAUAUCGCUCAGCGAGGGGGUCUCCUCCGCUGUGGCCUUUAUAGCAGUGGGCGGGGAGUGGACGUGGCCUCCCGACGACAAUGAAGGUGUGGAUCGCGACGUCGCCAUCAACAAGCAUCAUGAAAGCUGCACGAAGAAAAAUUUGGACGAAAAUUUUACAGCAUUAAUGAAGGUGCUGGACAGCUACAAGCAGAACCAGGACGACGGUGACGCCACAACCGGCGACGCCAGCGGCGGCACCGCGACCGGCGACAGCGGGACCGGCGGCACCGGCAGCACCGGGACCGGCGACGCCAGCGGCGGCGGGGACCAGGGUGCCAGCGACGCAGCCGGUACUGCUACGAGUUUUACUACACUAAAAGCUGAAGUCAACGAUGAAAUAAAGGAGGACGAGCGGAAAAAUUUCUGCAAGCGCCUCUUUUCGUGCGUGUACGAUGGCGCCGAGCCGAAGAGCCUGAUCCCGCUGUGUUUCUUCCCCCUUGACCCCGUCACGGUGCACAUCCCGGACACGAAGGUACUGAGUGUGGUGGCACCAUCGCCGGACUCUGACCAGAGCAGCGAACCGCACCAACUCGUUGCCGUGCUGAGCGACCACGAAGGAUCGCAGCACCAGAACAUGUGCCAUGUGUAUGAGCCACCUAGGGCCGUGCUCACCGCGGGAUGGGACGAGAAGACGACCGUACACGGCCUUGUGCUCCACCCGGAUCACUGUGAUGCGACGAGUACUACAUGUACUAUCGUGACGGAACACGGCCAGUUCAUCGAAGCUCCAACGACCAACAUUCGAUGGACUAAAAGGGAGGAGGGGAGGGCGUCUCUCUUCUCGGACGACACUGUCAAGAAUCUAUCCCGCGUAAAAAUGUUCCCACGGGAUCAACGGCCACAGUAUGUAUAGUAUGAGCAUUCAUGCCUAAGUACAAGUUCCUAUCUAAUCCUAUACUCUCUCCCGAGUAGUGGUUUGUCGUGCGAGAUGAAGCAGAACUUUUCUGCCAUGCCUGCUCACGCUCGGUAAUGUCAACAUCAAAUUUUCUUUACGAAAAAAAAAAGUCAAUUCUUUAGGUGCGUAGAAAAAGACGCCCUCAAACGAUCGCCGCUGCGUUGUCAGGGGCAUCUACUUAUUUUUUUCAGGAGGUCGCUUGUACUUUUGUGAUACAGUGCCGAAGAAGCUUCCUUUCAUUUUGAUGGUAAUAUACGUACUUCACGUGCCUGCGGCUUUCGAUUCUUCAUCGCGCGGCGAAAGUCGCAGGCACGUGGAGCGAGUUUGCAGAUCAAGUAAAAUCGUGUGAUGUAGUUUGGCCAAAUAAUAUGUGGGGGGAACAAAGUUUUGCGGAAGGAUACGUUUUGAUAAUGCACCUCUCAGACCAUGAUUUGGCUGAAUUCGUGAAGCACGACCCAGCGGACAACCCUUUGUUCAACUCCGCCGGCGUUAAGAAGCCAUUAAUGAACACAGCGACCGCCCGGCGUGUUGGGGACGAGCCGCACCAGGCCGUCCGUGGGAAGAAGGAGCCUCCACCGACGAAGAAGUUCUCGUCGUGGCGUUUCUGGGUGAUCGUGGUUUGUCUGUGCCUGGUCCCGCUGCUAGUCACGGCGGUCGUGGUGUACCUGCUCUGCUUUCACAAGAAGGAGGACCAGGAGGAGGAGGUUCUCGGAAAUACGAAUCCCCCCGCCGGCACGGACCGGACGGGCAAGAGCCUGCGUUUGGAAGAAUUUCUUGCCGGGAAGAACCUAUCGAGUACUAAAGCGGAGGGGGACGACAGCGACAGCUCCGAGGACGAUGGAACAAAGCCUCCGAAGUCGGUGGCGGAGCUGGAGCGGGACCUUUUGGAGGCGGGUCUCGGGGGGAAGUACGCCCGGGAACUGGCACAGUGGAUAUUUGACCAGCAGAAGCAGGCCGAGGACCAAAAAGCGGGAACUUUUGUGGCGACCGCGUCUACACCGCUGUACUCGGCCAUGCCGACGCCCUCGGACGCAGGGGAUGUGGAAUUCUACAGCGCCAUCUUCGGGCAAAUGGAGUCCGCCACUAUGGGUGCGGGACACCACAGUGUGAAGGCUGUGAAAAGUGCCCUUCGGCGGGCGAAAAAGAAAGCAAAGGGCAAAGCGGCACCGAAGAGAAAGGUUCAGUCGGUGACGAAGCUGCGCGGAUCGUCGAGGAAAAUUACCAAUGAGGACGUUCCGGUCGCGACGUUUUUGUCAACGCAGCAAAGGAUAUGAUAGUGGACAACUCUCUUCCCCUUCCCUCGCGUUCUUGUAUUGCAACACAGCAAAAGCGCAAAAUUCUAAGACAAAUUGAAUACAUAUACAAUUCUAUCCCUGUAGCCUUCGGGAAGUAUGUGCAGUUGCAUAAAGACAACUUCAUUUGGAGGCCCAAAUAGCAGUACUAAAGUAUCGUGUAUAAAAAGGAGCUGCAAAAAUUUUCAGGAACAGGAUGCUUUUGACUCUGCCCAUGCGCUUUAACAUCGACAAAUGGGGAGGGAGUCGUGCACUAUCAUAAAGGCAGGUGCCCGGCGAGAGCGGUCUCCAGUCCGGCACAGGCUCCGCGGCCGAGCUAGGUAGUGCGGAGCAGGUCCGUGCACUUGGAGGGUUUGCGCCUGGAGUGCGGCGCGGGGCAUCUCGCUCAGGUGCCGCAGCCUCGGCGAAAAAAGGAGCCCUUGGCGCUGCAGGUCCAAAGUCCUCAGGAGCUGCCAGCAGUACCGUACAACCGAAGUCAGGUGGCAGCUCAGGACGCAGCAGCAGCAAACCAAAGUCGGGCCAAGCUUCACGAGACAGCAGCAAACCCAAGUCUUCAGGACCAGCACAUCAAGACAGCGGCAUCCUGGCAACGUCAGGAGGGUCUAAAUUCAUGUCAAUGGCGAAAGCCAAACUUCAAGGUCGACCAGAGGGGUCGGCGGCAGACGCCCACUCAAUAUUGUCCGACGAGGUCCUCAUUGUGUCCGGGGACCAAUCCUCUGCGUCCGCAAGCGAAGAAGUACCGCAACCAAGCUUCGCUGAUCGCCAGCAGGAACGGAACCAGCGCAUUGUCGAGGAGGCGCGACAGUCACGGCAGCGCGUGGCGACUGAGGGUGAGGCGGAGAGCCUCCGCCAGGCGGCACAUUUCUCGCUGUACACUAGGGCCGAAGUAGAGAGCGAGGGAAGAGAGGAUGCUGCUGAGGAGCUGUAGAAUCAAGAAAAGCAGCUCUCAAACUCAUCUUGCUCUUCCUGCUUCGGCUUGGUAUGUUGAAAGUGAAUUCUAGUUGUUUCUCCGCCGUGGUUUUGAAAUCUGAAAUCACGACGAAGGAGAAACAAAGAUGGCAUCUUCACGUUUAAGUAGUUUUUUUUUUUCGUAUUGUUCCUGUUAGUUUUUCCGCUACUGUAUGUCUUGUCAAUUGAGCCUUUUUAUUUUUUGUACUCGUUUUUCUUUUUGUAUUUGUGCGCAUACGAACCCAUUUCACAGCUGCUCGCCCGCAAUCGCAAAUCGAGCUCAGGCCAUUUCCUUGCGGAACACGGCAUUCGAAGGAGAUGAAAACUUCCAGAUUGCAACGCUCAUUGAUUUGAAUUUGAUUUGUGGCCGCACAUGCUGCAUGUAAAAUAUUCCACGCUCUUCCUCGCGCUCUUGCUUCGUAGACGACAAAGACAAGCUAAAAUAGCAUGGGGAUGAUGCUGAGUUACCCGAAUCUUCAAUAUCGCCCCCAAAACUUGCUAGCACAAAAGAAGACCCCUGAAAUUAGAUUUGGACACCAAACCCAUUAGAUCCCCUGAAAUUGCAUUUCUAAACAAGUAAAGCUUUGUUUCAAGAAGUUUUUGCCAUCCAU